GACGCUGCAAGAAAAACAGCAGGCGUAUAAAUUAAUUGUCAUAUAGAACCGCAGGGUCGUAAAGUGAUCAAUUUCUUAAAUAAUAAUAAUUGAAAAUUUAUUAUAUUGUAUGAAAACAAAAAUAUGAAUGUUAUAUUGUUUAUAAUUUGGAUUAUGUAUGAUAUUUUAAUGUUGGUAAGAUGUGAAAUUUCAAUGGGAAAUUCUUUUAAUUAUGAGAAGCGGUAUAACUAUGGGUUAGGUCACCGGCCAAUAGAAAAUUACCGUCGUGUGGCAGCAAAAUCCAAGCACAGUGGAUUCUUUGACAACAAUCCUCACCCAGCAAGUCUGCCUCCAGUCAUUGGGACACAAUAUCCUACUCCUUAUAGAAGUAUAUAUCAAGGAUCAAGAAAGCCGGGAGAUACGAGGGUCUAUAACCACCAUUUUGAUUACGAACCGAAAAUAUUGGGGCAUCAGAUUUCUUCGAAUGGAUUGUUUAACUGCAUUAUAAGUCACCUGGCCGUGGAAACAGACACGGCGAUCCCUAUUCUUCUCCGAGGCGGCGUGUCCUACAGAUACUUUACAGUUAUAGUGAAAGCCAAAGCCGGGGUCCGUCUCAAGGGCAAGAUCAGAGCAUACUGUCAGAAUCCUCCGGAUGAAGGCAUCGAUAUUAAUGCUAACGUCGAUAACAAACGCAAAUAGAAAAUUGUAUUCGACCUUUGAGCAUGUGGUACCGCAACAUAAACAUUUAAUCAUUAAAUACCAAUUAACACACACUUACAUUUUCAUAAUAGAAUCCGAGCAGUGGAAGCGUAUAUUUUUCACCUUUCUUUCAAACAAGUCGUGCGCCUGAUGGUAAGCGACACUUCUAGACAAUUGCGGUGCCACCCACAGCUUUAAAUCGCAAAGAUCUUAGGAGCACUGCCACUGCGCCGCUCACCCUGCGACUUAAGUUGAAAAGUCCCAUUUGCCCGCAAUUUCAUCAGCUUCCUUACCCUUCUAAACCGGAACGUAGUAAUACUCACAUUAACGUUUGGCGGCAGAAAUAGGUUAGGUUAGGUAGGUUAAUAAUACCAUAAUAGGCCUCUUUUUGAAUACCUGGAAUUAUUGUAUUUAGUUCUAUAUUAAAAAAUUAAAAUAUUUUAUUGCAGACAAUUUA